AUGAAUAAAAUAACAAUAAAAGAUGAAUCUGAAUAAACAGCUAAUUUUUUCUAUCCUCCAGAUCAAUUAGGAAAUAAAUAGAAAUUUGUUCAUUCUAGAAGAAUAUUGAAACCUAAGAAUACUGUUUCUAAUCCAUCUACUUAAUUGUAAUAUAUUAUAAUUUGAUUAUGGAUUUAUAGAACAAUUUCAAAGAGAAGUUCUGAUCAUUCUGGUUUACAUACUCCUCCUUAAAUAAGUGAAUUAAGAAAACGAUCUGAAAUUUUAAGAGAUUGUGAAAUAAAAAAGAUUAACAAUUAUAGAAUAUUGAGUUCCAAUAUUAAUCAAAGAUAAAGUUAUCCUUAAUAAAUUAGUUUUAGAAAUGAAUUCUUAUUUGUAAACGAAUAGAAAAUAAAUUAAUUUACUUAAAGUCCUUAAUCAAAAAUUAAUAAUAAACUCCCUGAAAUCUUUAAUCAUAGAAAUUCUUGUCAAGGUUUUAAAUAAAAUUAUAGAAUAUAAAGUAGUCAAAGCAAAAGAGAUACAAUUAAUAAUUUUAAUAUUGAAAACCCUAAAUAACAAUAUGUAUAAGAAUUUAUUUAACAAUUGGAAUUAAAAUAAACUAUUUAGAAAUAAAAAUAAACUAAAUUGACUAGUUAACAACCUAUUUCCUUUUUAUAAGCAAAACAAUAAAUGAAGAUGAUAAAUCGAAUAUUUUCAGGCAAACGGGAUUCAUGA